AUGUCGUCUGAAUUUCGUGGCCCGGGCGACGACGCCUUGCCUGCCCCUCCUGGACAGCCCCCGCAACCGCAGCCCAGCGCGCCUGCAGGCAAGACCUCAGAGGAUAGCGGUAGCAGGGAGCUUGUCUCGGAGAAGGAAAGGCUCGAAGGCCUCGAGGGUGAAUCUGACGACGACAAGAGCGCGGCCGGCGAUGCCCCCGACGGCGCAGCUCCAAGCGCAGCUCCCCCACCUCCUGAUGCGCACACCCCGAGCGCGGCUGAGGCUGCGCUGAUGAAGCAGGUCAACGCAGUUCUCUCUUCCGAGAUUGGCAUUGCCACCUUGUUAAACCGUCUCAAGCAAAGUGCCGCUUCGGCCAAGGAAUUCGCGAUGUUUCUGAAAAAGCGCGCCAUUAUCGAAGACGACCACGCCCAGAGUUUGAAGAAACUUUGUCGCACGACCCAGGAUAACAUGCGACGCGCAGACCACCGCACCGGCAGCUUUGCCCAGUCCUACGACGAAAUGACGUAUAUACAUGACCGCAUGGCCGACAAUGGCAUCCAAUUCGCAGCCUCGCUCCAUCAGAUGCACGAGGACUUGAUCGAGCUCGCCAACAACUCGGAGCGCAGCAGAAAGACCUGGAAGACCAAUGGCCUAUCCGCCGAGCAAAAGGUCGCCGACCUCGAGCAGGCCAUGCGAAAGAGCAAGGCCAAGUACGACUCGCUUGCGGAAGAGUACGACAGAGCCAGAACCGGCGAGGGCAGGCAGGGUGGUGGCAAGGUCCUCGGUGCUUUCAAGGCACACAAGUCUGCCGCGCAGCAGGAGGAAGACUUGCUCAAAAAGGCACAGAAUGCCGACCAGACGUAUUACAACCACGUCCAGACGCUGCGGACGGAAAAGUCUCAGCUCGAGGCGUCGCAUCGCCCAGAGGCUGUCAAGGCCCUGCAAGCUCUGGUGUCUGAGACUGAUUCGGCUACUACUCUGCAGAUGCAAAAGUUUGCUACAUUCAACGAGAAGCUGCUGCUCGGCAAUGGCCUGAUUGUGUACCCCUUCAAGAACCAGCCCGGAGACACAGCGCCUCAGCCCCGAAGCCUUCGCCAGGCCGUGUCGUCGAUCAACAACGAGCGCGAUUUCAACGAGUUCGUCUCGGCUCAGCACUCCAAGGUGUCAACUGCGACCGAAGUCAAGUACGAAAAGAACCCGCUGUUGAAUCCUCAGAGCUCCGCGGCCCCUAGGCCACACAGCCAACCCUUUGCGCCGCCAGGCCAACAAGGUUCCAUUUCUUCCUUUGGUCCGCUCAACCCGGCCGCUGCUGGCGGCAUCUCUAACCCCAUCUCGCAGCAACCACAAUCAAUGGGCGGCGCCAGAUCAAGCACCGGCAACUUCACAGGACCGAACGGCCCCGGUAGCCCCCAGAGCCCAGUCGGCCCCGGGCAGGUUGCUGGCGUGUCCUCGAGCGGACUCGGAGAUCAAUCAAGACCAUUUUCUCAGCAGCAUACUCGCAGCUACAGUCAAGGAAACCCUCUCAAACCCGGUUUCGGUGGCCUAGGAGGGUCCCCGCCGCAAUAUGGCGGUCGAGGUGGCGCUCCUCCUCAAGCACCUGCUCACCAGGCAGAUCCACGAUACGGAAACGGUCAGCCCGGGGCGCCUCAACUCGGGGCCUUGCCGUUCCAGGGUGGCAAUCCUCCAGGACAACGUGGAUCGCCGCAACAGGGUCAGCAGCCUUUUGGACCUCCGGGCGUCUCAGGCCCCGGCGGCCCCGGCGGCCCCGGGACGCGCGGAUCGCCCCAGCAAAGCCAGCUGCCGUUCAGACCUCCCAGCGACGUCAAGGGCCCAGUCGGUUCCGGUGGCGGUCUCCCUGGUGCACUGCAGCCGGGUAGCCAACAUCCCCAGGGCCAGCCGCCCGCGUACCCAAGCGCGCACGGCACCAGCGUCAUGGCCAGCCAGGCACCGACAAUGCCCGUCUUUGGCGUCUCGCUCGCAAAGCUGUACGAGCGUGACGGGCUGGCGGUCCCCAUGGUAGUGUACCAGUGCAUCCAGGCCGUGGACAUGUACGGCCUUGGCGUUGAGGGCAUCUACCGCCAGUCCGGCUCGCUAACUCACAUCAACAAGCUCAAGAGCAUGUUUGAUGCUGACUCCCAGAAUCCGGCCCUGGACUUUAGAAACCCGGAGAGCUUCUACCACGACGUCAACAGUGUCACCGGGCUACUAAAGCAGUUCUUCCGGGACCUGCCCGACCCCAUCCUGACCGCAGAGCACUACAGCAGCUUCAUCAACGCAGCCAAGCACGAAGACGACAUCGUGCGCCGCGACUCGCUGCACGCCAUCAUCAACGCGCUGCCGGACCCCAACUACGCGACGCUGCGCGCCAUCACGCUGCACCUCUACCGCGUCAUGGACAACGCGCACCUCAACCGCAUGACUUCGCACAACCUGGCCGUCAUCUUUGGCCCGACGCUCAUGGGCAGCGACCCGAGUACGGCCAUGACGGACGCCGGCUGGCAGAUCAAGGUGGUCGACACAAUCUUGCAGAACACGUACCAAAUCUUUGACGAGGACUGA